CGCCUGCCGAGCUGCACCUCGAUCCACUCCCUCCGACUUCAGGAGCGAGGAGACGUUCAUGGAGAUGAAGAGCAUUUUGAAAUCGGACAGAAAGAACAGCUUGCUCCUCAAGGCGCAGGAUUACAGCACCACCCAGAGCAGCUCCAUCGGGGCUCUGCGCUGGAACCUGCCCGAGGAGGACAUCCAGGUCCACAACUCGGCCCCGAGCAGGCCCAUCACCAGCGGGAAACUCACCGGACACUCGCAGCACCAGCAGCAGCCUCGCCAGAACAGCCUGAAGGAUCUGCGCAGCCUGCAAGAGUGCGUGCAGUUCAUCCAACACUGGAAAGAGCAAGUGGACCACGUUUGCAAGCACCCCGGAGCCAAUCCAGAGGCAGCCGACUGCAAGCCCGAGAAGUCCGACUCACGCGCUGAGCGCAGUCUGGAGGAGAGCCGGAAACUCAUCUUGGAGUGGGCCAAUGAACUCCGCCACGUGGACAAGGUUCUGGAGGGGAACCCAUGGUCCCCGGACAGUCAAGAACACAAGAAAGACUUAGACUCCAAUGAGGAUGCACAACUGAGGGUCAUGGAGUGGGCCAAGGAAGUACAGAAUGUCUCUGAGAGCUGCGGCGUGCAGAGCGACGAGCUGGGCAAAGCCCUGCGUCUGCUGGGCCUAAAGAAGAAGCGGCUGGUCAGCCUGCUGCCUUUGCUCGAGUUUAUCACCUGGUCGCUCCUCAAGGAGGACAGCAUGGGGACGAUCCCACAGUUGUGGCUACCGAUUAAGCAACGCACCUGGAAAGCGGGGACUUCAAAAUACAUCCCCAACUCAGUUUGGAAUUGGAUCCGCAGUGCAGAAGCUGACGUGACUCUGGACCCAAAUACCAACCACCCGUGGCUGAACCUGUCCAACGACAAGCGUCAGGUCCAGGAGGGCCUGUCAGAGGCUGAUCUUCCGUACAACUCACAGCGCUUCGAUAGCUGGCCCUGCGUGCUGGCCUGGGAGGGCUACAGCCAAGGCCGCCACUACUGGGAGGUGGACAUAGCCAACAGCGGCUACUGGCGCGUGGGCCUCGCUGCGGUCAACUCCAACCGCCAUGGCCGCUUCCCCAUGACCCCCAAGACGGGCUUCUGGUGCCUGUGGCGCGGCACGCACCAGUUCUACGCCUGCACCAAGCCCGAGACGCCGCUGCCUGCCAGCCUGGUGCCGCGGCGGGUGGGGAUCUACUUAGACUACGACGAGGGUCAGGUGUCCUUCUACAAUGCUGAAAGCAAGACUCACAUCUACACCUUUACAGGGAACUUCAAGGUGAAGGUGUACCCGGUCUUUGCACCGCUAGACGGUCGCACGCUCAUGACCGUCAUUCCACCGCAUACCACCUGAACCGGGGGUUCUCCGGUUUUUGGUCCCAGGGAUUUUAAUCCAAACACCAACAACACAUCAGGAAUAGGAAAAGUUGGCUAUUUUUGAGGGAAAACGUUAUGUUACAAUAACAAAUUCACAUUUUAGAAUACACAAAAAAAAAAAAAAAAAAAUCUACAAUAUUUUAUGAAUAAAGUCAUCAUCAGAUCAAAACCUUGACGAGACCAACGACGUAUUUUUUGUGGGAAAAAAAUAGCUAAAGUCUUAAACUUUACAGGAGCAAAGAUAUUUUGUUGAGAUUAAAAAAAAAAAAUAAUAAUCAAAGUCAAAUUUUGUUUGGAUAAAAAGUCAGACAAAAUUGAAUUUUGUCCGGUAAUUCUUUUUAAAAUAAAUUUGAAUCUUGUUGGAACUUUGGGAUUCUGCAAAAUACACACAUUUUUGUUCUCAGAAACUCGUAAUUUAUUCAUUUCAUGACAUUGUGUAGAGAGGAAUAAUUGGUUGAUUAUGUUUUGUUUUAUAAGCGUCUCGGUCCCCAUAAGUUGGUAUGCACUUGAAAAAAUAAUACACAAUAUUUAUGGCACCUGAAGGCCCUGCAGUUGGACUUUGUCAAAUAAGUGAGCGCAUAAUCAGGUCUUUCUCAGUCUGUAGACCCCUGAGCACACGAAAGUUACGCAAGCCACAAUCGUGCUGACAAAUGUCUGAUCGCUGCAUUCUACACUGUAUCCCUUUUCUGCAUAUCAAACGAGAAAAUAGACAUACAUGCAUGCACUUUAUAAUGUAGAGCUUUUGGAAAAGUAAAUUUUUUUUUUUGGUCUCCUUUUUCUGUUAUUUUCUGAAAGAAAAAUGAUCAUUUCCUCAUUCCUCACGAGAGUGCAAUAUCUAUAAAUGUAUUUAUAUAUUUACUUUGUGUGUGCUCAGUGGUCAUUUUAUUUUGUGGACAAAAGGAUUGUUGUUUGAGUAACAAUAAAGUCACAUGGAUGAGA